UUUGAUUAUCAUUGGAUUGAACACGAAUGCCAAUCCAUCUUCGUUAAAGCUGCGAACUUGCGAUUAGCGAGAGCCCACGAAACCAAAAUUUCCCAAUACCAAAAAAGAUCGAUUUUUUAUUUUAUUUUUAAUUUUGGGGUUUAAGAAAAAAGGGAAGGGGAAGGAGGAAUGCCCAAAAGCUACAGCGGCUUGACGACGCAUAUAUCUCGUGCAACAACAACAACUCGAAGCUGCUGGCGGUCGUCUCUCUGCGAUGGUUUCCCUCUCCACCUGGUUCCGGUACAUAGCCCACAAGCUUGAGUACUCUGCCACGCUCAGCUGGAAGAGCUAUCAAAGAGGUCAAAUCACGGACAAGGAACUAGGUGAUGCCGUUUGGAAAAAUCUAUUUCAGGGAAGGCUGACGUACUUGCAUUGGAAUAAGGGAGAGGAGAUGGCCCCUAGUAUAGGCGCACAAAGUGGAACUCUUCUUGUCCGGAAGAUACCAGCUGCAGAUCCAAAGCGUGUUUUUGUUGGGGAUGUAGUUGUCUUGAAGGACCCUGAGAAACCCGAUAAUUACCUGGUGAGAAGAUUGGCUGCAAUUGAAGGGUAUGAAAUGCUGUCCACCGAUGAAAAAGAUGAGCCCUUUGUCCUUGAUAAGGAUGAAUGCUGGGUGUUGGCUGAUAAUGAAAGUUUGAAGCCCAAGGAAGCCAAUGACAGUCGAAAGUUUGGGCCAGUUUCCAUGACAGACAUAGUUGGCAGAGUCAUAUAUUGUUUACGAACAGCUGUGGAUCAUGGCCCCGUGCAGAACAGCCAUUCUAGCAUGCGAAAGGAUACACCGGUUCUGGAAGUUGAAUUGGAUGUCGAUGAGAUGGCAAAAAACCACAAAGCCUGAAGUAUGUCCUCAUAAAGCAAUGACUACACGUUUGGUUUGUAUCUAUUUUCCUCCCAAUUGCUUAUUGGAUCAUUUUUCGUCUUUCUCUGUUCUUCCCCUUGUUUCGAGUACCAAGAAGAAAAAUAAAGAUGGAAUUUCUAGUUGUUCUUGCGUCGUGCGAUGGUUGUAAGUUUAUGGCGGUUGUUCAGGUUCUCCUACUUCAGUAACGCCGCGUUUUGUUUUUGCUGAAGAAUACAGAAGCAGCCUGUAACGAAUCUGAGUUUAGAACGGUAUUUGUCUUUUGACGAAGUUUAGAACAGCGCUGUACUCUGAAAAACUACCUGAGAGAAAGAAGAAAAUCAAUGUUUUGCCAAGUUUUUGGACCUAUAUUUAAAUCCUUGGCAUGUCUUUAGUUUCAUGCAUCAUGAGGUUGGUUGAUCCUUCCGGCGGAAUAUGCUUUUGUGUGUUUCUACAAGUUCCAUUUUUGCUUUAUUUUCACUGCUACGAGCAUAAAACUUGUGUAGUAGUAGUUAUGUCAGUUGUAACUGAACUAUUACUUACAUUAGCGCAUGAGUUCAGGAUGUA